AAAGACACAAACUUGGUACUUGGAAGUGUGAUGUAAGACUCAGGACCACCCUUUUUAUCUGAUAUAAAUAAGAGAGCACGAAGCUUCUGUCUCAUCCACAAACUUGCAUCCUUCACAAGACGUCUUUUAAAGAAGACAUUUCUUGCUACCUGCUUCAUCAGUUCCUUAAAACAUGAUUGCACUGAGGGGUGAAAGUCUUGUGUAAUCUGAUUUCCAACUAACAGCAUGGACUCAAUAAACACACACUCCUGUUCCUUGGAAGUGUGAUGUAAGACUCAGCACCACCCUUUAAUUUGGUAUAAAUACGAGAGCACAAAGCUUCUGUCUCAUCCACAAACUUACAUCCUUCACAAGACGUCUUUUAAAGAAGACAUUUCUUGCUACCUGCUUCAUCAGUUCCUUAGCUAUCCAGCUGACCCAAGUCUCCUCAUUGCCGAUCGAGCCUUCGCUAUGCUCCUAGAGAGGACCGCUUCACCGCUAUCCUGCUGCCGUCCUCCUGUUGUCUCGUUUGAGAGCCUGCACCUUUGCCUAGGCGCCCCCUACAGGAAAGAUGUAUUUUUGCUUUGACUGCCUUACUAAUUUUCUUUCUAUUUUUAGUGGUUGAGAAAUUAAACUCCAAAUAUUGGUCCAUGUAUGCAAAGCAUUACUCUAUGAAAAAAAAAAAAAAAAAAAGAUUGGUUUCAAUGCUAAUUGAUUCAUAUUGUUCAGUAUUGAAUUUGAUUCUAUAGAGACAUUUUCCAUCUUGAUGUGGCCAAAGUGAAAAGGAGGUGAAAUGCUCUCAAUCAAUCAUCAAAUAUAAUACGUUUUAAAUCAAUUGAAUUACUGGAUGACUAUAUUUUUUAUUUAUUAUUUUUAUUAGGUGUUUGUGUUUGUGAAUGGCCAGUGCAUACUCUUUGAUUAAAACAAUUUGUUAUUUAUUUUUUUCUGAGUAUGAACUCAGACUUUUCAAGCUUGCCUAAAACUGUCCAAGGUGCUACAUUUCUUAUCUCAUUGUGCCACACACUUAUCAGGUGAUCGUGCCAAGUAGUUAUUACUUUAGCUUAUAAUAUAUGCAGUUUAAUGUGUACCAAUUUAAACAUGGACAUUAUAUAUGACUUAUCACUCCACUCAGAAAAAUGUUUAACUAUUAGCAGCAGGGAAAACAAAAAAGUACAAAAGGCCUUACGGAAGGACUUUUGAUGACCACUGAAGGACUUGCCAUUGAAUGUGUUAGAUUAGCAGUUAAGGUGUUGGACUACUGAUCGGACGGUUGUCAGUUUAAAUCCCAGGUCCACCAAUCUGCCACUUCUGGCCCCAUGAGCAAAGCCUUUAACCCUCAUUUGUAUAAAAUGAGGUUAAAUGCCAGUUGUUCUGGAAAAGGGCAUCUACCAAAUGCCAAAUGUGUCUAACAACCAAAUAAAGUACUUAUUACACAACGUUGGUAAGCUCAGCAGUAAGAUGAAUAAACCAAGUACAAGCCCAUUUCUAUAAUAAAAUACGAAGUGAAAAUACUGGAUUGAAAUGUUGUGCCUUGUGACUGAGACCAAGCUUUCUGGCACUGGGCAGAACAUUUCACUCCAGAAGCUAUUUGUUACUACAUCCUACUGAAUCCUAUUGAACAUUGUUUGAAAAGGCUGAAACAUGUGAUCUGAUCAUCAGUUUUUUAUAAACAAAGAAGAGGGUGUUAGGAGUGAAUUGGAGCAAGAUGGCGCCGAACAUGGCAGCCGUGUUGCGAGCUCCGAGGAAACUUUGCAGUUUUUCAUUUAUCUUACUAGUUAUCCUGCUGUCCUGCGUGUUGGAAGUUGUCUGCAUAACUGCCUACGACAGACACACGCUUCUAAAUAUAGGUUCCUAUGUUGCGAAACGCAAACCGGACUUUGAGUUCCUGAAUGCUGGCAGUUUGUUUACCAACACCGCAUCGGAGCCCUUUGUCUGGGCCGCACAAACGCGACCAAGGAAACGCCGACGGAAAAGAAGGAAGAGAGCCGGCGUCCUUGUCAGACUCAGACGUCGUCCCCUCCGACCUCCUCUCCCAACCAUUUUGCUGGCUAAUGUUCAGUCACUAGACAACAAACUCUGUGAACUACGGGCACGUAUCUCCUACCAACGAGAAACGAGGGACUGCUGCAUUAUUUGCCUCACAGAAACCUGGAUGUCUGCGGAGGUUCCAGACUCAGCCAUCGAGCUCACGGGGUUCUCCGUGCACCGCUCGGACAGGACGAAAGAGCUCACAGGGAAAAGCAGAGGCGGAGGUGUUUGUUUCUUUAUCAACAACUCGUGGUGUGAUGAAAGGAAUCUACACUCUAUUAAAUCCUUCUGCUCCCCUGAUCUGGAAUUUCUUAUGCUUCUGUGUCGACUAUUCUGGUUACCGAGGGAUAUUACAGCGGUCAUUAUCACAGCUGUUUAUAUUCCUCCUCAAGCUAACACAGACCAGGCACUCAAGGAACUGUAUGGGUAUAUAAGUGAGCAGGAAACCGCGCACCCAGAUGCAGCGUUUAUUGUAACAGGGGACUUUAACAAAGCCAACUUCAGAACAAUAGCUCCAAAAUACCUCCAACACAUCACCAUCAACACGCGUGGUGACCGUAUACUGGACCACUGCUACUCUCCCUUCCGGGAUGCUUACAAAUCCCUCCCCCGCCCACCUCUCGGCAAAUCGGACCACUCGUCCAUUCUGCUCCUGCCUGCUUAUAGGCAGAAACUGAAACGGGAAGCACCCGCCCUCAGGACAAUCCAAUGCUGGUCCGACCAAUCAGAUGCUAUACUACAGGACUGUUUUGAUCACGUGGACUGGGACAUGUUCCGGGCAGCGUCUGAUGACGACAUAGAGGCGUACUCAGAUUCUGUCACGUGUUUCAUCAGGAAGUGUGUAGAAGAUGUUGUGCCGACAAAAACAAUCCGCGUCUACCCCAACCAAAAACCGUGGAUUAAUAGCGAUGUUCGAGCGGCCUUGUCAGCGCGGACGUCUGCUUUUAAAUCCGGGAAUCCUGACGAUCGCAAACAAGCCAGCUACGAUCUCAGGAAAACCAUCAAAGCCGCAAAAAGACAAUACAAAAACAAAGUUGAAGAACAUUUCAACACCAACAAUGCAAGAAGCAUGUGGCAGGGCAUCAACAACAUCACAGACUUUAAAGGGAACAAACCAGCGACUGUAAACAUUGCCGCCUCUCUACCGGACGAGCUAAAUAACUUUUAUGCUCGUUUCGAGGCUCACAACCCCGCCCACAGAGAGCGCUCCUGCGGCUGCUGCAGAAGAUUUGAGUGCUCUCUCCGUCUCUGUCGCGGAUGUAACCCGAUCCUUCCGACGAGUAAACAUCCGCAAGGCUGCGGGUCCUGAUGGCAUCCCAGGUCGUGUGCUCCGAGCAUGCGCAUCCCAACUGGCCGGUGUGUUCACAGACAUUUUCAACCUCUCCCUGUGUCUGUCUGUGGAUCCAUCAUGUUUCAAAAAGUCCACCAUAGUACCCAUACCAAAGAAAAAUAAAAUCACAUGCCUAAAUGACUGGAGGCCAGUUGCUCUCACACCCAUCUUCAGUAAGUGCUUUGAGAGACUCAUCAGAGAAUACAUCUGCUCUGUGCUGCCUGCCUCACUUGAUCCGCUACAGUUCGCAUACAGCAGCAACCGUUCCACAGAUGAUGCUAUUGCUUUCACCCUACACACUGCUCUCUCCCAACUGGAAAAUAAGAACACCUAUGUGAGAAUGCUGUUUGUGGACUACAGCUCAGCAUUUAACACAAUAGUCCACACUGCCACACUUGUAGCGAAGCUUCAGACUCUGGGACUAAACAGAUCUCUGUGCAACCAGAUUCUGGACUUCCUGACAGGCAGAAGUCAGGUGGUGAGAAUGGGCAGCAAUAUUUCAUCCCCUCUGAUCCUCAACACCGGUGCUCCUCAGGGCUGUGUCCUCAGCCCACUCCUGUAUUCCCUGUAUACACACACGACUGUACAGCUACACAUAGCUCCAACGUCAUCGUCAAAUUUGCUGAUGAUACAACGGUGAUAGGCCUGAUCACCGACAACGAUGAGACAGCCUACAGAGAAGAGGUGAGCACUCUGACCAAAUGGUGUCGAAAGAACCACCUCUCACUAAACAUUGACAAGACCAAGGAGCUGGUGGUGGAUUUCAGGAGACAGAGCAGAGAACACAGACCCAUCUCCAUCGACAAGACACCUGUGGAGCGUGUGAGCAGCUUUAAGUU